GGUACCAUCGCUGGAAAAUGUUGGCAAAACAAAGAGAUGAGAUCCGAAAUUUUGGCAACCGCCUUUUUGGGCCUGGCGGUUAGGUCGAUAAUCUCGCUAUACUCCUACUCCGGUUUCGAUACUCCGCCGAUGCAUGGCGACUACGAGGCCCAGCGUCACUGGCAGGAGGUCACGGUGAAUCUGCAAGUAGGCGAAUGGUACACAAACAGCUCCAACAACGAUCUUCAGUACUGGGGCCUGGAUUAUCCGCCUCUUACGGCCUACCACAGCUAUUUGGUGGGUCGGAUAGGUCGAUCCAUUGACCCGCGCUUCGUCGAGCUCCACAAAAGCAGAGGAUUCCAGUCGAAGGAGCACAAACGCUUCAUGCGCGCAACAGUUAUGUCUGCUGACGUCCUCAUAUAUUUGCCGGCAAUAUUGUUCCUGGCCUAUUCCAUAGAUAAAACGUUUCGAAGCGAUGAUAAAUUGCUUCUAUUCACGUUGGUGGCGGCGUAUCCAGGCCAAACACUCAUUGACAAUGGACACUUUCAGUAUAAUAACAUAUCACUGGGCUUUGCCGCCGUGGCAAUUGCGGCAAUCUUGCAAAGAAGAUUCUACACGGCUGCGUUUUUCUUCACCUUAGCCCUUAACUAUAAGCAGAUGGAGUUGUAUCAUAGCCUUCCGUUCUUUGCAUUCCUUCUGGGUGAAUGUGUUAGCCAAAAGAGCUUUGCUUCUUUUGUCGCUCAAAUUUCACGGAUAGCUGCCGUCGUCUUAACAACAUUUGCUAUUUUAUGGCUCCCCUGGUUCGGAUCCGUUCAGGCCGCACUUCAAGUACUUCAUCGCCUGUUUCCUGUCGCCCGAGGAGUUUUUGAGGACAAGGUGGCAAAUGUUUGGUGUGCCGUAAACGUAGUUUGGAAACUAAAGAAACACAUAAGCAAUGAUCAAAUGGCCCUUGUGUGCAUUGCAUGCACUUUAGUUGCAUCUUUGCCAACAAAUGUACUACUCUUUCGAAGACGAACUAAUGUCGGAUUUCUACUAGCUCUUUUUAACACGAGCCUCGCUUUCUUCUUGUUCUCGUUUCAAGUGCACGAGAAAACAAUUUUGCUGACUGCCUUACCAGCCCUUUUCCUACUUAAAUGGUGGCCCAACGAAAUGAUUAUAUUUCUGGAAGUUACCGUCUUCAGCAUGUUACCCCUUCUCGCAAGAGAUGAAUUAUUGGUGCCAGCAGUAGUGGCCACUGCGGCUUUUCAUUUGAUAUUCAAAUGUUUUUAUUCAACAUCAAAGCUUACCAACGUAUUUCCAUUGAAGUUCAUAGCAAAUAUGUCGCGCAUUCUGAUGAUCAGUAUUUUGGUUGCUUCUUUGACAGUCCCGGCACCUAUAAAGUAUCCUGAUCUGUGGCCCCUUAUUAAUUCUGUUACAAGCUGUGGACACUUUUUGUUAUUCUUCUUGUGGGGAAAUGUUCAACAAUUUACCAGCGAGUUAAGUUAGUCUCUAAGGAAACCGUUCUAUAACAAUACAUACAACAUAAGCCGAAGAAAUGUUGAUAAACCAUUUA